CAUCUGGCAGCCAUGCGUAUGCGGGAAAGAUUCAAAUUCUCUCAAAAACAAGAGUAAUCGAAAUCUCGAAACGUCAGAUUCCGCACGUGUGCUUGGAAACUUGAUGCUUUCACAACAAAAUAUUGAAUAGAAUCGUCUCUUCUUCAACAGUAAGAUGACCUGCGUCGGCAAAGAAAACGGCUAUCUGAUUUAUCGGGGCUGUAAUUUUCUCAAGCAGCGUUUGAUCCUGUCUACCUUGAGUGGUAAACCGAUUGAAAUCCGUGACAUCCGACUAGUGGACGGUAAUAAUCCAGGUCUUAGAGAAUACGAAAUCGAUUUAUUGAAACUGUUGGAUCGUGUCACCAAUGGAUCGAGGGUGCGAAUCGAUCAAAGUGGUUGUUCGUUGACUUACCAGCCCGGUUUGCUGCAUGGCGGAGUGUUUCAACACGAUUGCUGCGUGGAACGAGGUAUUGGAUAUUAUUUGGAUGUUCUGUUGGCACUAGGACCCUUCUGCAAGCUGCCUAUGGAUGUAACCCUAACGGGUGUGACAAACAGUGUCGAAAGUCCAUCGGUUGAUCACAUCAAGGCUUCCGGUUUUGCAACGUUGAAAAGAUUUCUGCUGGUGGACGAAGGUUUGGAACUAGUAAUAAGAAAACGAGGCCUAAUGCCCGCUGGAGGCGGAGAGGUUGGGUUCAAGUGUCCAGUACGAAAAACACUGAAAGCCAUUCAGUGUACCAAGCCGACGAUGGUCAAACGAAUUCGGGGGAUGGCUUACUGUUGCAAAGUUUCACCUGCGAUGGCCAACCGGAGUGUUGAAUCGGCUAAAGGAGUGAUGCUGAAUUUUUUGCCGGAUGUUUACAUUAAUACCGAUCAGCAUAAGGGUAAACGUUCGGGAAACAGUCCCGGUUAUGGAGUGAAUCUUGUGGCGGAAACAACCGACGGGACAAAAUUUUCUGCGGAGGCAACUAGUCGGACGCUGCUGAGCGGAGAAAAUCCGUCGAUUCCGGAAGAAUUGGGCAAGGAAGCUGGCCUGAAGUUAUUGGACGAAAUCUAUCGGGGAGGAUGCGUUGAUUCAACAUUUCAGUGGAUGGUGGCACUGUUUAUGGCUCUCGGACAGAAAGAUGUAUCGAAAUUUUUAAUUGGGCCUCUAUCCAGUUAUUCGAUCUAUUUCUUGCAGCAUUUACGGGAAUUUUUCGGUAUUACAUUCAAACUUGAAAACGCUACCGAAGAAGACGAUGACUUGGGGGACGACGAUGCAAACGCAGGGUCGAACAAAGUCAUGCUUACCUGCGUCGGAAUCGGUUAUAGUAAUUAUAGUAAAAAAGUGAUAUAAGUAUCGAAUUUAUUCAAGUUAAAA